GUGUUAUUUGUAUUAUUUGUGUUUUAAGAUUGGUACAAAUGUGUUAACUUUUUUCUUUCUUGUUGCUUGUGCCUGACAGGUCUACUAAAAAGGCGUAACGUUUGCUCAAACGAAACAUAUCAUCUGACUUUAUGGCUGAAGAUAUUCUUUUUCAGGUUAUUUUUCGUGGCAGGACAUAAGUGUCAUUCGUAUUGUCAGAAUCAUGUCUUUUGAAUAUAAAUUGCAUAUAAAUUACAUUAUAUUUUUAUCGAUUUACAUUUUAACUUUUUAUAUGAUUUAUAGAAAAGUUCAAGACUCUGUAGUAAAAGUGCGCAUGGUUAAUAACAGGAACUAUCCCGACAUAGAAACAAAUGUUUCGGCAACGCGCAGCAAUCUGCCAGAAAUAAGCUAUGGCAUGAAAUGCGUAUACGGCAAGACUUAUAAAAUGGAUUGCAACACGUGUCGGUGCGGUCACAGGAACACGCUCAUGUGCACCAAGGUGGCCUGCUUGGGGCCCAUGAACUCCGAGGUCAUCGUAGGAGAGAAAGCCGUAGCCAGGAGCGGACAAGCUAGAGGAGAAGGAGCGGCUGACGGCGUCGAGAGGAAGCGGCGACGACGGAAGAUCAAGAGGAGGGGAAACAGGAAGACCCUGAGGACAGACGAAGGCAUGUAUCCCCGACUGCCUAUAGGAAGCAGCUGUAUCCCGGGCCGAUUCUACCAGGAGAAGUGCAAGAGAUGCUACUGCAAAACCGACAGGACACCUACCUGCUCGAUCCUGGAUGCCUGCAAGGAAAUGAACAGUAAUCCUGUAUCGAAGCCGGAAGAUGUGCGUCCACCGAUCAAGGAUAAAGAGUUCAAGAGUCUGCAGUCCCUGCCCCACUCCGCGUCGCCGUGCGUCCCCGGCAAUACGUACAAAGUGGACUGCAACGCUUGCGUCUGCGAUGACCUGCAGAACCUCGUCUGCGAUAAGAUGCUGUGCAUCAGCUUUGCUGAUAUGCACAGGACUGAGGCGAUGAAGAGAUCUGGCCUGCCCUGCAACACCAACAACGGGCAAGAGAACGAGGCCAUUCAGUCGAAGUGCGUCAAGUGCGUCUGCAACGUGACGACCUUCUGCGAGGCCAUUGAUGACUGCAUCACCGAUGCUGAGAAGGCCAUGAGGACGUACUCAGCGAGGAGGAACGGCUCCCGACUGACCUUCGACUUUAAUAAACAGAAAUGUGUUCCUAAUCACAUCUACAAGGACAACUGCAACAAAUGCUACUGCCAGCCGGACCUGACCCUGCGUUGUACCCAGAAGACUUGUCUGAACUACAACCAGGCAACGGCCUUGCAGCAGCAGCAACAGUACCUUCAGGAGCACGGCUUGUAAUAGGAUUAGAUUCAACGAUGGCUUGUUUAAUGGAGACCAUUGAAAUUAAGGGUUUAUGAAGCAGUGAAUAUAAAGAUUCACAAAA